AUGGAAUCCCACUUCAGAUCCUGCAUGACACACUCAUAAAGAAGAAAACAUCAUGUACCGCACUCCACUGGAUGCAAGAGGAUUCUGGGAAUGUUUAUACAGUGGGAACAAACCAUGUGGAAAAAAUCCAUCUCCCUUCUGGGAAUUCCUCGAAAGUGUCCAAGCUUAGCAGCAUCUUGAAGGAGGUUGUGGCUAUAAAUAACAACUAUAAUGGGUCAAAUAUAUAUGGAAUAGUGUCCUCUGGAGAUCUCUUUUUCUGGGACCUGCAUGACAAUAGCUUGAAACAUGCAUCAGGAAUUCCCGAGCUUGUCACACACCUUCCCAAUGCAGAUGCAGAACACCCUAAUAAAGGAAAUGAAGGACGUCUGCAUGCUAUUUUCACAGCUUUCAGACAUUUUCAACAGCACAAUACAGAAACAAGUAAAGAAGAAAAUGAUGAGGUACAGUCUCAUUUUAAGCCAAAGAUCUUUGCUUCUGAUGACUGUUCUACUGUUAUUGUUGUGUUGGGAGCAGUGCAGGUAACUCAUGCUUAG